CAAGCUUAUUAGAUAUAACUAAAAAUUUAGAAGUGAAAAGUAAUUGGCACAGUCAUUAUAUUAAUUUAUAUUCAAUAUUUCACAUUUUUAAAAUUUUUAAAUUUUUACCUAAAUAAAACUUGAUUCUUAUUAUAUCUUGUAAUAAACGGCAACGGUGGGAAAUUGUGUUCAAAACAAAGGCGCAAAUUUCUUAUAACGUCUAAAACGUCAGAAAUAAAAAGGUCCUGAGUGGAUUCAUAUAAAACUAUGGCUGAAACUGAAUGUCAGAUUCGAAAACUAAGAUUAUCUUUGGAAACUUACAGAGAAUUUUUGCUUAAUAUUUAUAGUAUAUUAUUAUGGGAAAGACAAUGGCAUGCAACAUCUUUGGCAGCGGGAUGUACAGUAAUAUUUAUGUUGAUCUGGCUGAGUGAAUCCAAUUUAUUAACAGUUAUGUCAUUGCUCGGACUGAUAAUUACAAUUGGAGAUUAUACUUUACCAACACUAAUUUCCACUCUUUAUAAAGAAGAAACUUGGAAUACUCGUAAACAAAAUCGAUUCGAAGAACUUUGCACCAACAUUAUUCUGUAUAAAACAAAAUUUGAGCUGUUGGUUUCUGCCUAUUAUAGAAUGAGAGAAACUAAUCCAAAAAUGUAUUUCACAGUAACAAUUGUUGCUCUUUCAAUAUUGACAUGGAUUGGUGGUAGAGUAAACAACCUCUUCCUUACUUAUUUAUUUAUCAUGAUCGCUUUACUGCUACCAGGGAUGAUACAUCAUGGUUUCUUAAAUAAACUAACGGAGCAAUUAUCAAAACUGUUCACAGAUCUAGUCGAAAAUGCUAAAGCUAAAGUUGGGCAGAAGAAAAUUCAAUAAUAUUUUCACUUGUUUUCGUUAUAGAUUUUCAUUUUUUUUUCUUUUAAAUUGAUAUCUUGAGAAAUUGCUCAAACUCAGAAUAUAAUUUUAGUUGUAGUUAUACAAUUUUUCAUGAAAAAUUCAGUGUGAUAUUUAGACUGAUGUUACCAUAUAAUUCCUUAAAUGUAAAUUAGUUUUAUAUUCAAUAAAAUAGUUUUUCAAUGAGUUUUAAUUUUUUGUAUUACAUUCGUGAUCAUUUUAAUAACUAAAACACUUGAAUAAAAAUAAAUUUUAUAUCACAA